AUGGACCUGGGUAUCUGUAUCCGAGAGAAACUGGCACAUGUGAAAGACUGUAAAACAGGUUCGAGUGGAGUACCUGUGACUCUGGUUACAAAUCUCUUCAAUUUAGAUAUUCCCCAAGACUGGCAGCUAUACCAGUACUAUGUGACAUACAAUCCAGAUAUCAAAUCUAGAAGGCUGAGGAAUGCUUUGCUUUAUAAUCACAGUGUCCUUGCUAACAAAGCAAAAGCAUUUGAUGGAGCUAUCCUUUUUCUCUCAGAAAAGCUAGAAAAAAAGGUCACAGAACUGUCAAGUAAAACUCACAGAGAUGAGACCAUAAAGAUGACUAUCACUUUAAUGUGUGAACUGCCCUUACGCUCUCCUGUAUGCAUCCACUUCUUCAAUAUCAUCUUCAAAAAGAUAUUAAAACAGUUGUUCACAUGCCGGAUUGGACGGAACUUCUAUAAGCUCUCAGAGGCAGUGGAAAUUCCCCAGCACAGAUUAUCCCUUUGGCCUGGGUUUGCCAUUUCUGUGUCACAUUAUGAAAGCAGCCUCCUGUUUAGUGCUGAUGUGAAUUAUAAAAUCCUCCGGAAUAAAAGUGUUCUGGAGCUUUUGACUGAUCUUGAGCACAGCGCUGGCAUGUCUGAAUUCACCCAGAUAUGUGAGAAACAACUUAUAGGGCGUGUUGUCCUUACAAGAUACAAUAACAGAACCUACCGCAUUGAAAACAUCAACUGGUCGCUGAAGCCGGUGCACACCUUCCGGAGGCGAGACGGCUCAGAGAUCUCCUAUGUGGAUUAUUACGUGCAGAGAUACGGUAUUACUUUAUCUGACCUGAAUCAGCCAGUGCUUGUUAGUCUGCUGAAAAGCAAGAGAAAUGACAACACUGAACCUCAGAUUGUCCACCUGAUACCUGAGCUUUGCUUUCUAACAGGCCUGACUGCCCAAGAAGUCUUUGACUUUGAACUGAUGGAGACCAUGGCUGCAGAAAUGAGACUUAGUCCUUUGGGCAGGCAGCAGCACUUGGACAGGCUGGCUGACAACAUCCAGAGAAAUGAAUCUGCUCGAUUUAUGCUAGAGACCUGGGGACUAAACUUUGGAAGCCAAGUAUCUCUGACAGGCCGGAUUCUGCCUUCAGAAAAAAUAUUAAUGCAAGACCACAUAUGUCAACCUGUGUCUGCUGCUGAUUGGUCCAAGGAUAUACAAACCUGCAAGAUGCUAAAUGCACCUUCUUUGAAUAAAUGGUUGAUUUUAUGUAGUAACAGAACUGAGAAAGUGAUCCAGAGUUUUCCGAGGUGUUUGAGAAGAGUUGGAAGUUCCAUGGGAUUUAAUGUGGACUACCCUAAAAUCAUAAAAGUUCAAGACAAUGUAGCUGCAUUCAUUAGAGCUAUUCAGUUACAUGUUGACCCCAGUGUUCAAUUGGUGAUGUGCAUUCUGCCUUCCAAUCAAAACUAUUAUGAUCACAUUAAAAAAUACCUGUGCUGUGACUGCCCAGUCCCAAGCCAGUGUGUGCUAGCUGAGACCUUGAGCAGAUCAGAGAUAAUGAUGAGCAUUGCCUCCAAGAUUGCCAUGCAGAUGAUCUGUAAGCUCGGAGGGGAGCUGUGGGCCGUCGAGAUUCCAUUAAAGUCCCUGAUGGUGGUUGGUAUUGAUCUCUGUAAAGAUGUCAUCAACAAGGAGGUGGUGGCGGUUGGAUUUGUGGCCAGUGUUAACCCCAGAAUCACCAGGUGGUUUUCCCGCUGCAUCCUCCAGAAAACAAACACCAAUAUUGCGGACUGUUUAAAAAUCUUCAUGACUGGAGCACUGAAAAAAUGGUUCAAGUACAACCACUAUUUGCCAGCAUGGAUAAUCGUGUAUCGAGAUGGUGUCGAGGAUGGCCAGCUAAAAACAAUUCUUGAAUGUGAAGUCCCGCAACUGCUGAGCAGCAUCAGAGAAUCCAGUCCAAGUUCCAGGUAUUUAUUGCUGUCCAUGGUCGUGGUCAGGAAGAGGUGCAUGACCUGGUUCUUGACAAAAGUGGGUUACACCCUUAAGAACCCUAUUCUGGGCACUGUCGUGGAUUCAGAAGCAACACAUCCUGAGUGGUAUGACUUUUAUUUGGUCAGUCAGACUGCCCAUAAUGGAACCAUUAACCCCACCUACUAUAAUAUCAUCUAUGAUGACAAUGGCUUGAACCCUGACCACAUUCAGAGACUGACAUUCAAACUCUGCCAUCUGUACUACAACCGGCAGGGUCUGAUCAGUGUCCCAGCACCAUGCCAGUACGCACACAAGCUGACCUUUCUGGUGGCAGAAAGCAUCCACAAGGAGCCAAGCUUGGGCCUGGCUGAUUGUCUCUUCUACAUCUGA